AUGCAUGCCAUGGCCACGCCCGACCCAAAGGCGUCCAGAGGCCAGCAUUUCGAGACAUUGGCCUGCUUUGAGCUGCUGAAGCACAUGGACGAGAGCUACCACUCUGCUGUACUUCCGCUAGCUCAAGACCCGUGGUUGCUCGACACAUAUCUCAACUCGUCAGGACACAUACGUCUUGGUACGAUCUUCAUGGAUCUUGACGCUCUCUCUGGCAUCAUCGCAUACAAGCAUACUGGCGACGAUGUCACUACUGUCACGGCGAGCUGCGAUCGCAUCACUAUCCACUCACCGCUGACUGAGAUAUGCGAUCUUGAGCUAUCUGGUCGCGUCACAUAUGCAACCGGCAGAAGCAGUUUAGAAAUCACCAUGCAGGUCGCCAAAGCACCAAAGAAAGGCGAGAAAGCCAAGGAUGAAGAUGUUCUGAUCAAUUGCACCUUCACCAUGGUGUCUUUGGACCCAGGUACCAAGAAGCCCGUAAAUGUCAACCCACUGAUCGUAGAGACAUCGGAAGAGAAGCGUCUGUAUGCUUUGGGUGAACGCAAUUCCAAAGUACGCAAGGAGCGCCGUGAUACUUCGCUUCUGAAGCAUACUCCUAAUGACCUCGAAAGCGACCUCAUCCACGCUUUUUGGCAGAAACAACUGCAGUACCAUGAUCCUUAUGAUGAGCUUCGCAAACCCGACAAUGUGGUCUUCAUGGACGCGACGCGCCUCCAGACCGCCACCAUUAUGCAACCUCAAUACCGUAACCGACAUCACUUCAUGAUUUUCGGUGGCUUUCUCCUUAAGCAAACGUUCGAACUCGCCUUUACUGCCGCCGCAGCUUUCGCGCACGCCCGUCCGACAUUCGUUUCGCUCGACCCAUCCACCUUCCAGAACCCCGUGCCUGUAGGCAGCAUACUGUACCUCACAGCGACGGUCGUAUAUACAGACCCGCCCUUAAUUGGCGCACCGAACGAGAAGGUCGAUGAUCAAAGUGAAUAUACACGCGUGCAGAUUAGGGUUGACUCCAAGGUGCGGGAUGUGGAGCAUGGCCAUUCUAAACCGACCGGGCAAUUCAAUUACACCUUCACGGUGCCCAAGAACAUUAGGGUGAUGCCAAGGACAUAUCAGGAGUUCAUGAUGUACAUUGACGCAAGAAGGAGAGCGGAGCAGGUCAAGCGAACACUGGAAGAAGGAUACGGCGUCAGCCCAAAGACGGCAGAGAAUAGUCUGACGGAAUAG